AUGCAAAGAUAAUUAAGAAUUGCCACUCGAUCUUCAGCCUUAGCUAUGGCUUAAACAAAUUAUGUAAUUUCAGAAUUGAAACAAGAAUGUGAAAUAAUUAAAGUAUCGAAUGAGGUGGGCGAUGUGAAUUUAUAAGAUCCAUUAUAUUAAAUGCCUACAGUAGGUGUAUUUACAAAGUAGGUAGAAUAGUAUUUACUUGAGUAGAAGGCGGAUGUUGCAGUACAUUCCUUAAAAGAUCUACCCACAAUAAUAGAUGCUUAAUUGCACUUAGCUGCAUAUACAAAAUUUGAAUAGAGAGGAGAUGUUGUGUUACUGAAUAAAAAAUACAAUUAUAAGAGUUUGAGUGAGUUACCAGAUGGAUUAAAGGUUGGAACAUCAUCACUAAGAAGAAUAGCAACAAUUAGAAGUAGAUAUCCAAAAUUAAAUUUAAUAAAUAUAAGAGGAAAUCUAAAUACACGCAUAUAAAAAUUAGAUGAAGGAUAGUAUGAUGCCAUCAUUCUAGCAAAAGCUGGUAUUCUGAGAUUAGGUUUAGCUGAAAAGAUUUCUUUUGAUUUAGAUGAGAAAGAGUUCCUUUAUGCACCAGCAUAAGCUGCUUUAGGGAUCUAAUGCAGAAAGGAUGAUUUAGAAACAAUAGGAAGAUUAUAGAUUUUGAAUGACACAGAUGCUCAAAAGAGAUGUGUGGCUGAAAGAAUGUUUCUGAAUUUAUUAGAAGGUGGAUGCAGAUUACCUAUUGCAGUAUAUAGUGAAUGUAGAGAAGAUGGAUAAGUGUAUAUUAAGGGAAGAGUCUUGGCUGUUGAUGGUAGUAAAGUAAUUGAAGAUGAGGCAUUAGAUCAUUUUGAAAUUGUUGGAUAGAUAUUGUGUGAGAAAAUAAAGGUUCUUGGGGGUGUUGAAUUAAUUGAAAGCUUAAAAUAAUAAAAAUGA